CCCCAGCAACCUCAGCGUGUAACGUGCGCUAUGGAGCCGAAAGUAGCGGAGCUGAAGCAGAAGAUCGAGGACACGCUGUGUCCUUUUGGCUUCGAGGUUUACCCCUUCCAGAUGGAGUCUUACCCUGUUACCCAAGCUGGAAUGCAGUGGCACAAUCUUGGCUCACCACAACCUCCACCACCCCCUGGGUUGAAACAGUUCUACCUCAGCACCCUGAAUAGCUGGGACUAUACCAUUCCAGACUAGGUGGCAUGGUACAAUGAACUCUUGCCUCCAGCCUUCCACCUACCCCUGUCAGGACCUACCCUGGCCUUCUUGGUACUCAGCACGCCUGCCAUGUUUGACCAGGCCCUCAAGCCCUUCUUGCAGAGCUGCCACCUCCAAAUGCUGACCGACCCGGUGGACCAGUGUGUGGCCUACCAUCUGAGCCGCGUUAGAGAGAGCCUCCCAGAGCUACAGAUAGAAGUCAUUGCUGACUAUGAGGUACACCCCAACCGACGCCCCAAGAUCCUGGCUCAGACAGCAGCCCAUGUAGCAGGAGCUGCUUACUACUACCAACGAAAAGAUGUGGAGGCUGACCCGUGGGGAAACCAGCACAUAUCAGGUGUGUGCAUACACCCCCGAUUUGGAGGCUGGUUUGCCAUCCGAGGGGUUGUGCUGCUGCCAGGGAUAGAGGUACCAGAUCUGCCACUCAGAAAACCUCAUGACUGUGUACCUACAAGAGCUGACCGUAUCGCCCUACUCGAAGGCUUCAAUUUCCACUGGCGUGACUGGACUUACCGGGAUGCUGUGACACCCCAGGAGCGCUACUCAGAAGAGCAGAAGGCUUACUUCUCCACUCCGCCUGCCCAACGAUUGGCCCUACUGGGCUUGGCUCAGCCCUUGGAGGAGCCUAGUUCUCCACCCCCGGACUUUCCCUUUACCAUCCAUACCCCCAAGACGCCUGGGAAUCCCAGCAGAGCCCGGAGCUGGCUUAGCCCUAGGGUCUCACCACCUGCAUCCCCUGGUCCUUGACAGCCUUCUCCCAUGUGGACUGAUUUACGGUGGUACCUGCUAGGACUUAAUUGGCUUUGGCAAAGCAAAGGUUUUGAGUAUAAGAUUACUACUUUCCAUGUAUGUUCCAUGAAGAUAACAAGCUCAACGAAAUUAAGUUUGGCCAAGAUUAAGGCCAGGGAAGAUCCAGAAUUCCCAUCUGCCUUUGGCUCACGCCUAUAAUCCCAGCACUUUGGGAGGCUGAGGUGGGUGGAUCACAGGUCAGGAAUUUGACACUAGCCUGGCCAACAUGAUGAAACCCUGCCUCUACUAAAACUAUAAAAAGUUAGCCAGGCAUGGUGGUGCAAGCCUGUAGAACCAGCUUCUCGGUCAGCUGAGGCAAGAGAAUUGCUUGCACCUGGGAAGCAGAGGUUGCAGUGAGCCGACAUUGCACCACUGCACUCAAGCCUGGGUGAAAGUGUGAGACUCUCUCCAAAAAGAAAAAAAACAGUGCCUAUUUCAUAUGGAGACUAAAUAAACACGUAAAGCACUUUGGAAAAGCACCUGAGAUCGCUUCUCAGCCUUUUGGCUAAGAUUAAGUGUAGUAUCUGUUCUUAUCAGUUUGAUUUAUAUAAAAAAAAAAAAGUAUCUGGUAUGUCAGCUAUUACCAAAGGCCUGGGAAUUCUGUACUGCUGCUCAUAGUGUAGUCUGGGUUCUAGAGGAGGGGACAGAUUGGAGUAGCUGAUGAAGACAAGUGGCUGGAAUAGCACCAUAUGAUACACAGAAGUCUCCUCAGUUCUGAAUCUACCCUGGCCUCAAGGGCCCAAGAGAAUAACUUUUCCCAGCUGACAACCUCUGAGGAAAAUGACAUUAUGAAUGAGGAUCAAAACUGACUUUCUUUGGCCAGGCACUGUGGCUUUCACCUGUAAUCCCACCACUUUGGGAGGCUGAGAUAGAAGAUCAUUUGAGGCCAGGAGUUCAGAACCAGUCUGGGAAACAGUGACACUGAAAAAGACUAUCUCUAAUCAUGGCUAGAACCCAGGAAAGGCUAAGAAUUGCCUAGUACUAUAUACAAGUAUUACCGAAAGCCCUACCCAAGACCACAAGCCCUUUCUGUCUUCCUCUUUCCUCCAUCAGUUCAAUAGGAACAGAAACCUCCAACUCUUUUUUGAGACGGAGUCUGGCUCUGUCACCAGGCUGGAAUACAGUGGCAAGAUCUCAGCUCACUGCAACCUCCACCUCCCGAGUUCAAGUGAUCUUCCUGCCUCAGCCUCCUGAGUAGUUGGGACUAUAGGCACACACCACAAUGCCCACCGCAUUUUUUUGUAUUUUUAGUAGAGAGGUUUUCAACUAUGUUGGCCAGGAUGAUCUCAAUCUCUUGACCUCGUGAUCUGCCCACCUCAGCCUCCCAAAGUGUUGGAAUUACAAGAAUGAACCACUGUGCCCAGCCUCCAUUUUAUACAAAGCAGGUACCAGGCAUUUAUCAGAAGAGGUCAAGAUUCUGGUUCCCAUGCAGCCCUUUGAAUAGUGUGUUCAAGUAAAAACAGGUGACCAAGUAAUCACAUUGAGACUUAACUGGCAACCUAGCCUGUAGCAUUAAGUCGCAGUGGUCCCGCCAACACUACAGCAGGGCUUAUUCUUCUCCCUCACGUGCAGUGAAACUAAAUGUAACACUGCAGGUUCACUCGGUUCCAUUCCCUUUGUCUACCUGUGUCAAUAUUAUUCCCUGAUUCUUAGGCAGCUCUCCUCAUUUUCCCCUAAAGAGGAAAAGCAAAGAGAAAAUUCCUCUUAAAAUCAAAGGCUACUAAUAUGUCUCCUAAAAUAGAGACUCAUCAAGGUCUCAGUUCAAGUUUAAUACAAACUACAAAAGAUCAAUGGGUUGAUGCCCUCUAUUGAUACAUCAUACAAAUCAAUGGCCUGCCCACAACACAACUCCGGCCAUUCCUAUUGUAGGAAGAAAGGCUGGUCUCUCCACUCUCUGUAGGAAAGGCCUCCCUUGUAACACACCACAAUUCAGCUGAAUCUGAAGUCUUGUGUUUUACUCAUGGGGGAGAAAAAAAAUACAAAAGGGGUUUUGUUCUCAUGGCUGCCCACUGCAAGCCUGGCAUAAACAGCCCGCUCACUUCUGUUUGCAGAAAUAUUCUUUGCUCUUUUGGACAUCAGGCUUGAUGGUAUCACUGCCAGGUUUCCAGCCAGCUGGGCACACUGCAAGAGAAAGGUACCACUAAUUAACCUCCUCAGUGGUGUGCACCAUCCUCCUAUGGACAAAACCAGUUCUGCACCCUAAAGGGCCUUUAGAAAGGCCAGAAACAUUUAGAAACCAGGAAACCUACCCCUGCAAUCAGUCUAAGAUCAUUCAGCCUUUUAGUGUAAGCUAACCAUUUUACAAACAUGAUGUAAUUUAAUCACCAUAACCUUAAGAUGGUAUUAUUCCUAAUUUAUUCAUGCAGCACUUGAAAUUUAAAUGUUCCAUCAAAAAGGCAAAGUUUAAAUAAUUUGUCAACAUUCCUCAAUCCUUAAGGGGGAAAAAAAAAGCUAAAUAAAUGACACACAUAGGACUAUGUAAACCCUUAGCACUAAACUUGUUUCCUUCUGACAGCCCUUUAGAGCUCUGAAGGCAACAACUUCAGUUUGCCUUCUCAGCAUUCUUUUUUUUUCUGAGGCAGAAUUUUACUCUUGUUGCCCCCAGGCUGGAGUGCAAUGGCACAAUCUCGGCUCACUGCAACCUCCUUCUCCCAAGUUCAAGCAAUUCUCCUGCCUUAGCCUCCCAAAUAGCUGGGUUUACAGGCACCCCACCACAAUACCCAGCUAAUUUUUGUAUUUUUAGUAAAGACAAGGUUUCACCAUGUUGGCCAGGCUAGCCUCCUGACCUCAGGUGAUCCACCCGCCUCAGCCUCCCAAAGUGCUGGGAUUAAUGGCGUGAGCCAUCAAACCUGGCCCGAUUUUUCCACUGCCAUGUGCUGUCAUAUUCUAGGAGACAUGCAGUCACCAAAGUACAGUAGAAACAGCAAGUGCCUCAACUGCUUGAGUGAGAAAUGGGGAAGCCCAUUUUUGGUCCAAGGAUAUCAUAACCUCAGAUGUCAAGACUCUACAAAAAGAAGACUAUAAACAGCUCUCUAGGCACAAAGUAUAGAUGGAACAAGAGCUAAAGAGAAGGACCAGCUGCCAUUAUUUUUCUAAAAUCUCCAUCUGAUUGUUAGUUAUUGGCUACAGUAAUAUCAAAGGGUCCUAAAGAUAAACAAGUUGCAGAGAACAAAGAACAGCAUAAAAGCAAAGACUAGGCCAGGCCAGAGCCAGCUAGUGGUUUGCCAAUAGGUAUAAAGGGACUAAAAAAAUUCCUCUGUCCAGGAUGAAACUGGGCUUUACAGGUAAGAUGAAUAAUAAGAUAAGAAAGAUAAGAAAGGACCUUGCCAACUCAGUUUCCUGACACUAAGGCCUCAUGGGUCUUAGAAUCAUACUUGUAUUAGUGACAGAUCCCCAGUUAAAUGUUUCACUCAUACCCAACAGUGGUGGAUUAUUUUAAAAUAAUGGCAGCUGAUGCACUUCAAGUUCAUCUAAAGUGCCAUGACUCUCCAAAGAAAAAAUUAGUCACAUUUACCCCAGUACUUAAGACCCUAAACAAUGUCUUUCUGUGACAUGGUAAAAGCCCCAUAAAACUGCAUAUCUCAACCAUACCUCAGCUUUCUGUUGAAACUGCUCUCUAUAACCCAAAUGUGAAUAAGUAAUUAAGGACUGUAAUUUCCACCCUACCCAGACAAUGUGUAAACAAAUGCUAAUCUUGACUUUUGUGAACCACUUAAGUUUAACAAUCAGAACCCUCAUCUUCAUUCAGGAAUCCACUGGAAUGUCUGAAGCCCCUCACCCUCAUCUCCGCCCAGGAGGUGAUUUACAGAAUCCACUAGCCCUCAGAACGUCUGAAGCCCCUCACCCCCACCCCCACCCCCACCCCUGCCCCUCACCCUCACUCCUCCCAGGUGGUUUUCCAGGGAUAAAAGGUCUUACCCUCCUUUAGGGGCCACGGGUUGGAGAGACACCCAUGAGUCCUCCGUGGCCGCUGGCAGUAAAGACCCUGCAAUUUGGCAUACUUUUGUCUUGGUGUUGACUUUCUAUGCUCGGGCCAGUAUAUUUUUUCAGCAUUUUAAUUACCAAGAGGCAGGCUUUGAAUGUGGAUCCCAGUUCCACCAUUUACUAUGAAUAAAUGGUGUGUUUUAAAUAUUGGUUUAUUGGUCCUACUUAACAUACUUGUUUGUCAAAAAUAACACAUAUUAAGUAUACGUAAAAAUAGUGUUUGGCAGCUGGGCACAGUGGUUCACACCUAUAAUCCCAGCACUUUGGGAGGCCAAGGCGGGAGGAUUGCUUAUGCUCAGCAGUUUAAGACCAGCCUGGCCAACAUAGCAAAAUCCCAUCUCUACAAAAUAUACAAAAACUACCAGUCCUAGCUACUCAGGAGGCUGAGGGAAAAGAAUUGCUUGAACCCAAGAGGUGAAGGUUGCAGUGAGCCGAGAUCACACCACUGCAUUCCAGUCUGAGCGACAAAACAAGAUUCUGUCUCAAAAAAGAAAUAGUGUUUGGCAUUCAUAGGCUCUUAAAUGGUGCCUAUUUAAAAGGCUGUACAUGUUCCAGUGGGAUGGGAAGCAGCAGAAACCAAGAGUGUGAAGAAGCAAGCUUCAGAGUCAUGAAAGCUUGGAUUCAGAAGACUAACCUAGGAAAGUCCAGUUAAAGGGCCUACCUUUGCCAUUUCCUGCUCCUUAAUGCUGAACCUCAUCCCCACCAGGGGGCAAUCUCAGCAGGUGUCAACUGAGCAACGUGUUAUCUGGCCAGGCUAAUUGCCCAGACAUCCUUCUGCAAUGGGUACUUCCUGGUUAUCAGUGCUCACUGAUCCAUAUAUGUUUGGGAAGUCCCAAAGGUAGCACCAAGUACUCUAAGAAUCGCUUCAACUCAGGAGGCGGAGGUUGCAGUGAGCCAAGAUUGCGCCACUGCACUCCAGCCUGGGCAACAGAGCAAGACUCUAUCUCACAAAAAAUAAAUACAAACAAAUAUGAAAACAAACUAUAUGGAUUAACCUCUUCUCUCAAUAAAGUUAUUUUUUAAAUGGCA